GUUCCUCUGACUAACCCGCAGUCACACAACAAGGGGGGAGUUCCUCUGAAUCAGACGCACUCAUUCCGGCUUGUCCUCUCUGAGAGACUCGGACCUGCACAUUAUUUCCCGGAACAGACUCAUGAUAUGAGCUACAUUUUUAAACUACUCGCACACUAACGUCGAGUUUAGUCUGCGCUUGUGUAUUUUUGUGGUAGAAGUCGUGACAGACAGUUGAGUUUAGUUGAAUUAUCUGUUGGAGAUUUUUUUUUCCUCGAACAGAGAUGCCUGAGGACAUCGGGACAGCCAAGCCUGGAGGAGUCAUCGCCUAUAUUUCCUCCGGCUCCGCCUCCAGCCCGGAGUCCUGCAUGAGCACCAGCCCCAGCAGCGGCUACCUGUCGACGUCACCGACCGUGUCCCGCCCCUCGCUGCCCAGCAGGGCUGUGGGCAUGGUGGUUGACAUCUCUCCGCCCACCAAGAGCGGCCACCAGCGCAGCCAAGGCGCGGAGAAGGCCGGGCGCUCCUCCACGUCUGCCAAGAGCAGCAUUACCAAAAUAAACGGCAUGGUGCUGUUGUGCAAAGUUUGUGGCGAUGUGGCUUCGGGCUUCCACUAUGGCGUCCAUGCCUGCGAGGGCUGCAAGGGAUUCUUCAGGCGAAGCAUCCAGCAGAACAUCCAGUACAAGAAGUGUCUUAAGAUGGAAAACUGCACCAUCAUGAGGAUCAACAGGAACCGCUGCCAGCAGUGUCGCUUCAAGAAGUGUCUGGCUGUCGGCAUGUCCAGAGACGGUGAGCGGCAGUUUUAGUUUCAGUCAGCUGAU